AUGACGAACAACGAGGCCAGUAACAGCAACAACGGCACCGCCCCGGCGCCCGCCGCCAAUGGCACGAGUGCCACACCCUCCUUCGUCGUCAAGGCCGGGCUCGCCCAGAUGCUCAAGGGUGGCGUCAUCAUGGACGUGACGGACGCCGCGCAGGCCCGCAUCGCCGAGGAGGCCGGCGCCUGCGCCGUCAUGGCCCUCGAGCGCGUGCCGGCCGACAUCCGCGCCGAGGGUGGCGUCGCGCGCAUGUCCGACCCGGGCAAGAUCAAGGAGAUCCAGGCGGCCGUCACGAUCCCCGUCAUGGCCAAGGCCCGCAUCGGCCACUUCGUCGAGUGCCAGAUCCUCGAGGCCCUCGGGGUCGACUACAUCGACGAGAGCGAGGUGCUGACGCCGGCCGACGACGCCUUCCACGUCGAGAAGGCCGGCUUCUCGGUCCCGUUCGUCUGCGGCUGCCGCAACCUGCCCGAGGCGCUGCGCCGCAUCGCCGAGGGCGCGGCCAUGAUCCGGACCAAGGGCGAGGCCGGCACCGGCGACGUCGUCGAGGCCGUCAAGCACAUCCGCACGGUGUCGCGGGACAUCGCGCGGGCGCGCGCCGCGCUGGCCGAGGGCGACGGCGCGCUGCGCCAGCUCGCGCGAGAGUUCGAGUGCGACGCGGCGCUGCUGCGGCAGACGGCCGAGCUCGGGCGGCUGCCGGUGGUCAACUUCGCGGCCGGCGGCGUGGCGACGCCGGCCGACGCGGCGCUGAUGAUGCAGCUCGGCUGCGACGGCGUCUUCGUCGGCAGCGGCAUCUUCAAGUCGGGCGACGCGGCGAAGCGCGCCAAGGCCAUCGUGCGCGCCACCACGCACUUCCGCGACCCCCAGGUCCUCGCCGACUGCAGCGAGGGCCUCGGCGAGGCCAUGGUCGGCAUCAGCGUGAGCAGCAUGCGCCCCGAGCAGAAGCUCGCCGGCCGCGGCUGGUGA